GAAGGAAGCGCGCGCCUCCUCUCCAUCACAUUUCACUUUCCAAACACUGACGAGAGAACAAAGGAGUCACCAUGUAGAAUCCGCCAGGUAACACUCACAGUAUCUCGGAUCAAGCCGUUUUAUUUUUUUCUCUGAGGAUUCCCAGCUCCGAUUGUGCCGCUUUGGAAGGCUGUCGAUCCAUCCAUCCUGGAGGAGACGCGCUGCUCGCUGGAUGGAUGCGGGCUCCCGUCCUCUGUCGCUCUGACUCCUACAGACUCUGUGUUCAUUAAGAAAAAACCUUGAUGAUCUGGCUUUGACGGGAAAGUUUAUCGCUGAUUUGAUGCAAGUUCCUUCUAAGAGCAGUGACGUCUAAAGGAAGCCUUAGACCUACCUUCUGCUUUGUAAUGGCAACAGGAGUAGCAGCAUGGCUUCCAUUUGCUAGGGCUGCGGCCAUCGGGUGGAUGCCUGUGGCUAGCUGCCCCAUGCCCAUUGCUCCGAGAGACAAUAGCAAAAAACAAGAUGAGCUGAUCGUCCUUAAUGUCAGCGGCCGCCGUUUUCAAACAUGGAGAACAACUUUGGAUCGAUACCCUGACACGCUUCUGGGCAGCUCAGAGAAGGACUUCUUCUACAAUGAGGAAACCAAGGAGUACUUCUUUGACCGAGACCCUGAUGCCUUUAGAAGCAUCCUCAACUUCUACCGAACAGGAAAGCUCCACUAUCCCCGUCAUGAGUGUAUCUCAGCCUACGAUGAGGAGCUGACAUUUUUCGGCAUUAUACCUGAGAUCAUAGGUGACUGCUGCUAUGAAGAGUACAAAGACAGAAAAAGGGAGAACUUGGAGCGGCUGCAGGAUGACCAGGAGGAAAACAAAGACUUGAAGCAGCCCAAUUUAAACUUCAGAGAGACCAUGUGGCGCGCCUUUGAGAAUCCCCACACCUCUACCCUGGCCCUGGUCUUCUACUAUGUCACCGGCUUCUUCAUUGCCAUCUCAGUCAUCACCAACGUGGUGGAGACGGUGCCCUGUGGUUCUACAACCAACCAAAAAGACAUGCCAUGUGGCGAACGCUACACUGUGGCAUUUUUCUGCAUAGACACUGCCUGUGUCAUGAUAUUCACUGUGGAGUACCUACUACGCCUGUUUGCUGCACCCAGCCGUUACCGUUUCAUGCGCUCUGUGAUGAGUAUCAUUGAUGUGGUGGCCAUUUUGCCAUACUACAUUGGGCUUGUGAUGACAAACAAUGAGGAUGUGAGUGGUGCCUUUGUGACGCUGCGUGUGUUCCGAGUGUUUCGCAUCUUCAAGUUCUCCCGCCACUCCCAGGGCCUUCGGAUCCUUGGCUAUACGUUGAAGAGCUGUGCCUCAGAGCUAGGCUUUCUCCUUUUCUCUCUCACCAUGGCCAUCAUCAUCUUUGCCACGGUCAUGUUUUAUGCCGAGAAGGGCUCCAGCUCCACCAAGUUUACCAGCAUCCCAGCUUCAUUUUGGUACACCAUUGUCACCAUGACUACCUUAGGAUAUGGUGACAUGGUACCAAAAACCAUUGCUGGGAAGAUUUUUGGUUCCAUCUGUUCUCUGAGCGGCGUGCUGGUGAUUGCUUUGCCUGUCCCCGUCAUCGUGUCAAACUUCAGCCGCAUCUACCACCAGAACCAGAGGGCAGACAAACGUCGAGCCCAGAAGAAAACCAGGCUGGCCAGGAUAAGAAUAGCGAAGUCUGGCAGCGCCAACGCCUUCCUCCAGAGCAAACAUAACGGACUCCUCAAUGAACUGCUGGAACUGACAGGUUCAGAAGUGGAUGAGCAGAAGCUGAUAAAGUCCACCUCUCUGUUAGAGAGCCAACACCACCACCUGCUGCACUGUUUGGAGAAAACCACAGCUCAUGAGUUUGUGGACGAGCAGGUAUACGAGCAGAACUGUAUGAAAGCAGCAUUGCAGACCUAUCCAUCACAGAGUCCCUCAAUAGCCAGCCACGACAGUCCUGCAGUGACCUGCUGCGGCACGAGAGGGAAGAAAAAUAGUCCUCUGCCAAACACUAGCCUCCCCCCCACAAACCCGGUCCCAUCACAACGAGGCCCGCCGCAGGAGCUCAGCGCCCUUCACAUACAGGGCGGUGACCCACUGGCACAGACAAGCAGUCGUUCAAACCUCAACUUGAGAACUAAUGAGAGCAACAGGAUCAACUGUAAAAGUGGCCGAAUCACCACAGCCAUCAUCAGCCUCCCUACGCCCCCCGCUUUAACCCCUGAUGCCGAUGGCCUCCACGGGCCGCCGCAAAGAAGGCCGCCCCCUCCUCUGGGUCACCCAGCAGCUCCAAGCAUUCAGACCACAACAAGCUCAGCUGGUACCAACAUUGUCAAAGUCUCAGCUUUGUGAUUCCCAGCCGGGCUGCUUUAACUUUACUCAGCAGGAGGCAGAGAAGGGACCGAGGGGGUAAAGCAACAGUUAUUCUUGCUGAAUGCACUGCGUCCCCUGCUCACAGUGUCGGCAAUCACAGAGCAAAACUUCAGAAUUAUGGAGACAUCACUCGUGAACUUUAGAGAUUUGAACUGAGAAUGUCACACUUGUCAUUUUGUGUAAUUACUGUAGAUAUGAAGAGACUUGCUGCAUUUCUUAUAGUUUCUAAAAGCAGACGUCUUGCAGGUAAAAAGAAGAAAAAAAAAAGUGCAGUAAGAGUCACGACAAAGGCUGACAAUACGUCACAAACAGUAAGGUUAAAAUGAACUUAUUACAAUAUUUGUUGGCUUUGAAUAUUAAAGACAGAUAAAGAUGUUUAAAGUGUUUACUGUAAUUUUAUUGCUCUCGUUUGUGCUUUGUCUCGUUGUGUUGAAGUACUUUUUGGCUCAAAGAUAUAUUUUACACCGCCUGUAUUCUUUUAACCCAUUUUUCCCAAAACUGUUGACUAUUAAAACAGUGAUUUUGUGUUGGUAAAAGCUUGAAUCUAACCAUGUUAAUCAUCCAAGUUUAAAGGUCUUACUAAACUCUAAAUACUUUAUAUUAAAUGAAGCAAAGAAGUGAGCUUUAGAUUUACAGACAUGUCUGCUACAGUAAACAGUACUGAGGAAGUGUUUGCUCCUUAGAUUUCUUCUAUUUUUGCUAUUUCAGACACUUUUAUCAAAGAUAAAAGUUAAUAUGAAAAGUAAUUGCCUUCUAAAUCUAAUUACUUUUUGUCCCAGCUUUUGCAGCAACAGCUGUCAUCAAAAAAUGAGUCCCUCACAUUGCUGGGAGAAACUUUGGUCUGUGAUAUUGCAUUUUAGUCAGACUGUAGUAUUCAACGAUGUAGGAUUCAAGUGGAAGCCAAACAGUUACCUUCACUUUAGCUGUUGUUCUGGGCUCUUUUGUGACCAGUUGCAUUGUACUCUCUAAAUAAUGUUUUGGAAAUCUGGGUAUGAUUUUUGUUUCCUAAGAUCGUUUCUCCUACUUCAUGUUGUCCAAUAGGUUCUAUCAACAUGAUCUUUUGCUUCCACAGGUCUGGCAGUAAUCAGGCAUAGGUGUGUAGCUUGUAAAAACUGAAUUUAGUUUACAAAAAUUGGGUUUAUCACUGUCAAGUAAUUAUUUAAAGAAAGUCAGGAGUUUUUCCUUCAUCACAGGGUCAGGUUAUUUUGGGUCGAUACUUUGAUAAAUGAAUCGUGAUUUUUCAAAAUGCACUCAGGGUAUCUGAGUAGAUGUCAAAAUCUGCGGUUUUAAAGUAUAAAGUAUAAAAAUAAAAUAAGAUUGACAAAGUCCCUAAAGUGGGAAAUGAUUGUUUCUUGACUGUGUAGUUAUUUUUUGUAAUGUUUUAUAAAUUUUUAACAAAAGCAUUGAAGUGAAUAUUGGCUUGAAAUAUUUCAAAGAUUCAAAAAACAAUGUAUGCACUUAUAAUAUAUGUUACUGAUCAUCAGCUCUGAUGCUUGAGGUUUUUUAAGUGAUUGGUUGUGGUUGUUGAUCUUGUUUCUACCUUUGAAUGAUACUUCAAUGAUACUUCGUUAGCCGAUAUAUUUCUAAAAUGUAAGGUCAUAUAAUCUGAUAAUAAUUGGGGGGAAACCUGACUUAAAAGUUUAUGUUAAACUUUUUUAAACCUCUUUUGGUACCUUUAGUGUCCAAUCAGGGUCAAACAAUGUUCCUUUUGAAUUCUGUAUAAUUCUUUACAAUGCAUUAAAACAAGCAAUUCUAUGUUCAAAGUAUGUGAUUACUGCAGGCGAGAAGAAUGAAAAAAAUUAUAAUUUGACCAGCCGAAAGAUUUUUGUUGCUUUUGCAGUGACACAAAUGAUACAAUUUGUGAUUUCAGCAUUUUUACCAUGUUUCUAGAUGAUCUGACAAACAACUAAACAUAUUUCAUAGGUUGUAAGAGUCAUUAUUCAUGGAAGUUUUUACUUCAGCUGCUUCUGCCAUACAUGAUGUCUGCUACUGGUCAAAGUUCUGACUAAUGAUGACCCAUUUUUGUCUAAUGAAUGAUUAAAUUAUAUCAUAUUCCUUCUUGAAAUCCAACUUAUUGUGUUCUGGGGGUUGUGCUUCACCCUCCUGAAAAAAACACCAUGAUGUGCAUUGAUGACAUGAAGCUACAGUCUGAACUUAACCUUUGUCUUUGAAAGAAGAGGCAAAUUUUUCUGCUUUACUGUGUGUGCAGAUGCACCACGCACCACCACCUCCAUUGCCAUUCUGGUGGCAACACCUUUUUGUUACAUACCUCCCAAGAGGAGAUGAUUCUGGUGCUUGCUGAACUCUCAAGGAAUAAGAACAACAUGUCACCCACCAUAGUUUAGGGUAGCCUGCUGUUUCUUGGACAGGAACUAUUAUGGACGCAGAAAAACAAUUGUUUUAGGCACUCAUCUAAUCCAAUUCUGCUGCAACCAACCUCCUAAUAAGAUAGAUCUGGAAUUUAAGCUCUUCCCUAUAUUCUUAGACUUAGACAAACGUUAUUGUUAUCUUGUAUGCACAGUAUACAAAACGACAUUCCGUUGCAUACGGCUUGUAACAGUUAAACAGUGAAAAAAACAAUACCAUUCAUAAAGUAAUGUUCAUUUCAUAUUCAAAUAUGCAACCACUAUAAGUUUUGAAAUGAUCAUUUUAUAUAAGGGUAAAAAAAUUUUUUUUUUGUAGUAAGGUGGACACUAUUACUAUUGCUGAAUGAUCAGUGAAUCAUUGUAAACAUACCAAAAGGUUUGUGUCACCGCAAGAACUUUUAACAGCAAAUGCUGUGUUUUUAGUCCAGUUUCCUGGUCUAUUAAACCUAGGACAGAUUUAUAUCUACCAAAGCAAGUGAACUGCUAAAACAAUAAACAAAUGAAUCUCAAAGAAGAAUGAACUGUGAACAAGAAAGAUUAAAUGCAAAUAAACUCCCUGCUUUUGCCAAGUUUUCUUUCAUUUCAUUUUGUUAAGCAACAUCAAGGAGUUCUCAAAGGGCAGCAGAUUAGACAUAAUUUUAGUUAUGCUGUAGAAAAUGUAUAAACGACCGCAGAAAGAAGGACAUUUAAAAGAUAACAAGUGAGUAAAGACUCAAAAUGUGCCAUGAUUUAUGUCACAGAUGUUUUUGACAGAUGGCAGUAUUGAAACAAAGAAAAAGAUGGAAAACUCAUGAAUUUUGAUCUGUUCAUUUUGUCAACUGCACAAAAAUUAUCUUUUGAGCUUUUUUUUUUCAGCUAAUUUGUGAGUAUUUGCCAAGUGUGAUGUAGUUAUUUGUUUCAAACUGUGUUGAUAAUUUCUGUUUGUGUGCUUGGUUUGCAGUAGCAAAUUCUGCUUGAAUUUUUUAAUGUCUUGAAUCAAUCAUCAAGUGGAGGUGUUUUUGCUGUGUCGGUGUAUUCUAUGUUUCUUUUCUGUGUUUUGCCAUAUCAUAGAUAAAACUUGUGCCAAAAUGGAAAUUUUUUCCAGUUUCUGUGAAAAGCUCAAAGUUCUUCUGCCACUUUAAAGAAUAUGAAAAUUUUUUUUUUUUUUUUUUUUGACACUGUUGAUUUAGUUGGUUGAGUUAUACUUGUUAUGGCUCAGUUACAGCUGGAACAGUAUUUUUACAUUAAUGCUUUUUCAAACAUCCUGCACCACCCUCUGCAGCAGAAGGUGUUGUCCUCAUGCUAAAGUGACCGAUGAUAUCCAUCCUUUUCUGAAAGAUUAACCUUCAAAAGCAUCAUUUGGGUCACUUUUUAAAAGCCUUGGCAUUCCUGUUUGUGCUUUUUCUUAUAAUUUUAUCCUUUCAAAUCUUAACUUUUCUGUCUGUUCAAUGUGAU